UGAAGUGGUGUAUUGAAAUGCUUGACCCAAGGAGUGUGCCUCACAAUCUUGUCUUCAAACCACUGUUUGAUUUCAUUUUCAUAGAUGAGAAGUGGUUCAACAUUACGAGGAAGACUGUGCGAUAUUACGCAGCUCCAACUGCCUCGCGUCGCAUCAGGACAAUUCAAAACAAAAACUUCAUCCCAAAAAUAAUGAUCUUAACAGCUCUCGCCAGACCAAGGUUUGACUCAAAUGGAAACUGCAUCUUUGAUGGAAAAAUUGGAUGUUUUCCUUUUGUGACAUACACAGCUGCAAAGAGGUCAAGUGUGAACCGUCCUGCAGGGACAAUCGAGAUGAAGCCCAUUGAGUCAAUCACAAAGGAGGUAAUCCGAAGCUUCAUGAUAGAAAAGGUAUUGCCAGCUGUUCGGGCUAAGUGGCCUCGUGAAGACGCUGGCAAACCUAUAUACAUCCAGCAGGAUAAUGCUCGGCCUCAUAUUGCACCGGACGACAGAAUGUUUUGUGAGGCCGCGAAGCAAGACGGCUUUAACAUCAAACUUGUUUGCCAGCCGGCAAAUUCCCCAGAUUUGAAUGUCUUGGAUCUGGGUUUCUUCAACUCCAUUCAGUCCAUCCAGUACAAAUCAGCCUCAACAACAACAGAAGAACUUGUAGCCGCCAUCGAUCGAGCAUUUGAAGAUUAUCCAGUGAGGCUAUCAAACAGGAUUUUCUUGUCUCUUCACGCAUGCAUGAGGGAAGUCAUAGAAGUACUCGGUGACAACUCCUAUGAUCUUCCACACAUAAAAAAAGGAGUGCUUGAAAGGCAAGGUCGCCUUCCUUUGCAACUAAGGUGUGAUGCUAAGUCAGUAAAUAAUGCUAACAAUUAUCUCAGGACCAUGGCAGAUACCUGAUAUGAAUUUGUUUGUUGCUGCAGCAGGGUGCGGAUAUGAAAUUGCUGCUAAGCUAAUCUGAAAUUUUUGGUGUUGCUGCUGUUGCUGUUGCUGCUGUUGUUGAUAUCUGAAAUUGUUGGUGUUACUGCUGUUGCUGAUAUCUGAAAUUGUUGGUGCUGUUGUUGAUCUGAACAGAAUGAAUUGGAGGCUUUCUUUUUUUUCUCUCUUUUUCUAGAAAGUAGCCCAUGUGUGCAGUCAUUCUGUGCAGAACAUGUCCUUUGAUUUUUGAGAAAGCAGGAGGAUAUAUGGACCUGAAUAUGUCCUUUGAUUUUUUUAUUAGUAUUUUUAUUUCACAUGAACACAUUAGCUAAGCUUAUCUAAGAUCAAUGGUGUGAACUGUCAAUGGUCCUUUGAUAUAAUUACAGACUAGCUAUCUCAAUUUACAAGAAACAGCAACUGGGAUGGCAGCAGCCACUUUACAAGCUCUGUGUCUGAAUACUCUGUUUACAGACUAGCUAUCUCAAUUUACAAGAAACAUCAGCUGGGAUGGCAGCAGCCACUUUACAAGCUUGGUGUGCAUCUCUGAAUCUGUAUCUCAAGUUCCAAUUUUUGUUUCCAAUUUCUCAUUAUAACAUCCAAAAUUCCCACGCAUAUUACAUCACUGACAGUACUAAGCACUAAUCAUCUGAUCAAAUACACAACAAUCAGUCCCCAGUGAACACGACCAGAAUUUCCCAGAAACAGAAAAAUUUCCCCUUCGAUGAACAUCAAAUAGCCAAGCAAAUGCAAUGUGCAUUCUCUAAAAAACGAACAUCAACAAUCAACAUACGGCUAACCAAAUCAGACAAUCUGCAGGCCGUUCAGUAGCUUAAUCUGCAAUCAAGUGCACAGCUAUCUUAACCGGAUGAAAUAAUCAGGUAAAUUCUGGACAUCCAGCUGAAGAAAGAAAAAAGAAAGGAGGAGACUUGUGGCAAUGGAGCUUUUCGAAGCCCGGCGAUCUCCUGCACCAACGAGACGUGCACCAGCACCGUCCUCCACGCCAUGUAUCAGCCUGCGAACCCGCCGCCGCCGCGAGCAGCGAACGAAAGAAUCAGGGAAAAGCCCUCGAGCCAAAGCCGAAUCGAGAGGAGGAGAGGGCAGCCGUAAUGAGGGCGAUGAUG